AUUCACAAAAAGUUUCUUAUAAAUACAUCACUUCUCUUAUCGCAAAAGAUAAAAUGCCACUGACAGAAACCAUUCAUUCCCUCCAUUAUUCCUUAGAUCAUCUAGAAAUAACUUCGCAAUAUCACAGAUUGAAUAUACGCCAACAUUAAAGUUUUUCAGUUUCACCAUAAGAAAAACGUAUUCCUAGAGCUCAUUUCAGUCAUGGUUACAUCAAACAACAUUUCUCCGGCUUUUCAAAGCCCGUUGUUGUCCGGAAAGGAUGAAGUGGUCGAAGAUAAUGUCGAUUACAAAGGCCGUCCGGCGAAACGAGCCCAGUCCGGCGGAUGGUUAUCCGCUUCUUUCAUCAUAGGUGUGGAGAUGGCGGAGUUCUUUGCGUAUUAUGGAGUGAGUGCGAAUUUGAUAACUUAUUUGACGGGCCCACUUGGUCAAUCAACGGCGACGGCGGCGGAGAAUGUAAAUGUCUGGUCGGGAACUGCCAUGCUUAUGCCGUUGUUGGGUGCUUUUGUUGCCGACUCAUUUCUCGGCCGGUACCGGACCAUUGUCGUCGCUUCUGUGCUAUAUAUCCUGGCACUUGGGCUCUUGGCCCUUUCAGCCAUCAUUCCUUCUUUCAACACUUUUAACUGUGAAAAUGCUUCAAAUAGCAGCAUCCCAUGUCCACCUCCUCAGCUCCAAAUCACCACAUUUUUCUUCUCAUUAUAUCUAAUAGCAAUAGCACAAGGAUUGCAUAAGCCUUGUAUUCAUGCAUUUGGAGCUGAUCAAUUUGAUGGAUCAGAUACAAAAGAGUGUAAAGCCAAAAGUUCCUUCUUCAAUUGGUGCAAUGUGGGUACUUGUGUGUCCGUCACACUUGCAUUGGUAAUCUUGACUUAUAUUCAAGAUGACCUAAGUUGGGGUCUUGGAUUUGGAAUUCCUUGUUUGGUCAUGGUUCUUGCAUUAGUUUGGUUUGUUCUUGGCACCGUCACGUACCGGUUCCAUUCUACUAAUGAUCAAGGCCAAGGUAAACCCUUUUCGAGAAUCAGCCUGGUGUUUUUGAAAGCAGCUAAGAAUUGGAGAAUCACUUCUUCUGCAUUACAUGUUGAUGUGGAGAAUCAAGAUGUUCUUCCUCAUUUGGGGUCUCAGCAAUUCAUGUUUUUAGAUAAAGCAUUAUUAUCACCCGAUGGCUCAAUGGAAGAAGGCAAAGUAUGUAGCAGAAUUGAAGUUGAAGAAGCUAAGGCAAUUCUGAGGCUAUUUCCAAUUUGGUUAUCUUGUUUGGUAUACGGCAUUGUAUUUUCUCAGCCGCCAACUUUGUUCACUAAGCAAGGGCUCACAAUGGACAGAUUCAUCACUCCGAAAUUUGAAGUUCCCGCGGCCUCACUUCAAUCCUUCACUAGCGUCACAAUAAUCGUCUUUCUUUGCAUGUACGACCGCCUUUUAGUUCCUGCAGCAAGAGCCCUAACCGGAAAAUCUUCCGGCAUAACGAUGCUCCAAAGAAUCGGAACCGGGAUAUUCUUUUCGAUUCUGUCAGUACUCGCAGCUGCCCUAGUGGAAAAAAGGCGUCUUGAAACAGUAAAAGAGUACGGAUUAGUCGAAUCGCCAAAUGCCGUAGUACCAAUGAGUGUGGCCUGGUUGAUACCUCAGUAUUUGUUGUUGGGAGUUUCUCAAGCAUUUACCAUUGCAGGGUUACAGGAAUUCUUCUAUGAUCAAAUGCCUAAUGGGUUAAGAAGCACUGGACUUGCUCUUUACCUUACCAUUUUUGGGAUCGGAGGAUUUCUUAGCAGCAUUCUCAUAUCUGUGAUUGAGAAUACCACUGGUGGUGGAUCAGAUGGUGAUCAUUGGUUUUCGGAUAAUCCGAUGAAAGGACACCUGGAUUACUUCUAUUGGCUGCUUGUGGGACUUAGCGCAGUUUCAUUUACAGCUUUUGUGUAUUUUGCAAAAGGUUAUACUUACCGGAACAAGCAACUCUUAUCAUAAUGCUUGAAAGAUGAAAGCAUAUAGUUAGUUCAUUAGUUUGUUGAAAAGUUUAGCAUAAUUUAUUGGCGUAUUUUGUUUGAUUCUUUCCAUUCAUUAGUUAUUGAUGACCUUUGUACAUGAAAAGUGUCCACCUUCGUGAAGUGGAUGAUAAAGUUAAGCUUGGUAUUUCGAUCCAAGAAAUGACAGAGAAUUUGAAGAAUAUGUACUAGCGCUUCCAUUCCAUUUUUGUUGUACAACUUAAAAAGACGGAUUUUGUACACAAUGUGGACUAUUAAAAUAAUCAGAAGAGGAGAGAUGAAUAUCUUAGUUAAUU